AUGUCUAAGCAGUAAGAUCAGAAAAUGGAAAAUAAUUUGAAAAGCACAUAAUUACACUCCUAGACUUCUAAAAAUCCUAAUGCUAAAUUAAGCCAAAAAAGUAAUUAAAAUAGCAGGAAUGGCGAUCAUAAAAAUAAUUCUGAUCAAAACAAUGACAACAAUAUUUCAGCUAACGUGGAUAGCAAUUAGAGGAAGAAGAGAAAACACCAAGAAAUAUCAAGCAACUAAUUAUCUAGUGACAAUAAGGAAACUAUUAUUAACACUGAAUUGAAUUAAGCUAAAUUAGAACAGUAAUACUUGAGGCCAGAUUAACUCUACGGAAAUGAUAUGCAACAAUUGAGUCAAAAUUCUAAAAGAAGAAAAAUUAAUGGGGAUAAAGAUGAGGAAAUUAAAAAUAAUGGAUAAGUCAGAAAGAAAGGCGGGAAUAUCUCGCCUUAAUUCUUAGAAUUAAACAAUUCGAAGUAAAAAGUGAAACGAAAAAUUGUAGAAAAGAAAGAAGCAUUGAAUGUUCUCUAAAUAAUAAACUCAGUUAUUUCUGAUCCAUAAAUUGACUAAAUUACUGAUAAUAAUUUCUCACAACAUUGGAGGUAAAGACAUAUUCUUUUAGAUGAUAAAAAGAUAAAUAAGGAAGAUAUCCUAUAUUCAAUGGAGGAAAGCGACAGAUAUUUAAAGGAUGCAAUUGAACUGGAGGAUUUCAUUUAUGCAAACUCAAUACUCUUCCAAAGAAAUUAACCUGAUGGACAUAGCAGAAUAUUAUGGGCAUUGAUCAACUUAGAAAAUUGCUUGGACUCAAAUAAGCCAGUUUACAGUGCUUAGUUCACGCUUCCAGACUUAUCUUCUUGGUUUCUUUCAUAUAAUCCAAAAGUAAUUAAUGAAGAUAAUGAGAUUGGAGGGUAAAUUACUAUUCAUGCUAUCGAAAAUCAGUAGGAGAUUAGUCAGGGAUUUAUGAAGCGAGCUUUGAAAUUUACCUUCUCAAGUUUCACUAGAGCAGAUGGAGGACCAAACUCUCUAAAAUCUUGGAGUUGCUAUUAUCAAUUCACUUAAGACAACAAUAAAUACACUAUUUACAAAUUCUUCCACUCAAAGAUUGAAAACAGAUAUAGAGCAGGAUUUAAUCGCCUACUAAAUUUUGGUAUUUAUCUUGAGUCUGUCCCCUACAUAGAGGAUGAGCCAAUUUAGCCAAGUUAAAGUAAUCAUGCUUCAAGGCGCAAGUCAAGUCAAGGUAAAAAUUACCAGUAGUAAAAAGUAUAUAAUGGAUUGAUAAAUGAGGGAACUACUUGUUAUCUAAACUCUCUGAUUCAAACACUCUACAUUAUAAGAGCUUUUAGAAAAGCUGUAUAUCACAUGCCAACAAAUAUAGAGGAUUUUAAAAGUAUCCCUUUUUGCUUACAAAGAAUAUUCUACAAUUUGCAAACAGGUAAAGAAGCAGUUAGAACAUUUGAACUUUUAAAUGCCUUUGGGUGGAGUGUUCGAGAAAUGAAUUAAUAACAUGAUGUGAAUGAAUUUUUCCUAGUUUUAAGUGAUACCCUUGAAUAGCAAAUGAGAGAUACUCCCGUCAAUGGAACGUAUAGCAAUUUAUUUGAAGGAAUUACUGAAAAUGUGAUAGAAUGUAUGAAUGUAGACUAUGAGUCAACACGUAAAGAUACUUUCAAUUGUCUGUAACUUAGUAUGACUGAUUGUGAAACUAUUGAGUAGUCUAUUCUAAAAUAUGUAGAAGCUGAAGAGCUAACUGGUGAUAAUUAAUAUGAUGCUGAAAAAUUUGGCAAACAAGAUGCAAGAAAAUACAUUAGAUUUAGGAAGCUUCCUCCAGUUCUUUAAAUCCAAGUAAAUAGAUUCACAUAUGAUAUCGAAUAAGACUAAAUGGCUAAAAUUAAUGCCUAGCUUAGGUUUCAUGAGACAUUAGAUUUAGAUAGUUUACUCCCUAAGGAAGUAAAUAUGAGUUAAUUUGCUUAUUCAUAGAUAGCUUCAGAUUAAGAAGUCAAGAAUUUAUAUCAUUUACACUCUAUCUUAAUUCACAGAGGUACUCUUGGUGCUGGACAUUACUAUGCUUUUAUUAGACCUUCACUUGAUGAUAAAUGGUUUGAAUUUAAUGAUAGUAAGGUAGAGCCAAUUCUAUAGUCAACUGCUUUAAGUAUCGGAAGUGGUGGUAAUGAGUCUGUUUUUGAGUUUAAGGAUGGUAGUAUUUAUGAAAGAUAGAGAAGUAACAACACUUCAGCAUAUAUGCUCGUUUAUAUAAGAGAUUGUGACAGAGAGGAGAUAAUGGCAGAGAUUCCAAUUGAUUAGAUUCCAGCUCAUCUUAAAGAAAGAUUCGACGAAGAAAACCAGCUCAACAGGAAGCUUGAUCAUGAUUAAGAGCUAAUGCAAGAAUGCGGAAAUGUAUUCAUUACUUCAUUGGACAUUAUAAAAAAUUGGAGAGAAGGAGGCAUUUAGCAGGUCUUAGAUGACAUCUAUUAAUGUCAUAGAUUAAAAGAAAAUGAAGAGCAAAGAUUGAAAAUAUAGAUAAAGAGGAAAAGCAAGUAUAUAGAUCUUGUAACAGAACUGAGAAAAAAUUUGAAAUACAGUUCAAAAGAUAUUUCAAUGUAUAAAUUAAAGCAAAGAAAGGAUAAAUCCUAUUCUUUCAUCCAUAUAUCUGAAGAUAGGUUUAAUGAAGAUAUUUUUGGUAAGAAUGGCUAUGACGCUUACUUUUUCAUUUGUAAUAAUAAAGACUUAAAUGCUCCUAUACUUUAGAGAUAUACUGAGUAAGAAAUAGAGAUUAGAAAUAGAAAGUAUUAAAAUCUAAUUGAUUUUGUAAUAAGACGCGAUCUCAAUCAAUAGUAUAAGGAUAAUUAUGAGAGUAAAAUGAUUGAACUUUGGAAAUUUUCAGGAAGUCGAGAAGAUUCAAAUGAUUCCUCUGAAGAUUAUGAAAUUGGUCAAGAUGAGAUUGAAGAUAUUAUCAUGAAUGAUUAAGACCAAACAUUGGACAUCCCUCCAGAUUAAAAUGCAGAUAACACUCAGCAAAACUUACUAACAAUGGCCACAUAGUAAAUUGCUGGUAAUCAGUAAGAUUCGAAUCAGAGUUCGAAGGCCAACAAGUAAGAUGCGGAUGAGUUCCUCUAUCAAAACUAAUAAAAUAAUUAAGCAAGAGAUAUGACAGAAAGACUGAUAUUUAUAAAGACAUUCAAUGAUGAAGGAGGUGAUUAUGGAUUGACAGUAGAAGGAGCAAUUAUUGCUCAUUCCUUUCUAGACCAUGAUAUGUUGAAGGAAAAAAUCUUACAAAGCUUUCCUUAUCUUGGCUAGGAUUAAGAUAUGUUUCUAGAACUUCCUACCUAGUUUUAGAAAGAAAGUAACCUAGCUUUAGAAGAACCAAAAUUAAAAUGUAUAAUCCUCAGUUAAUCUAGAUUUUUUGUGAGAGACUUCGUAGAUGGAACAAUAAUUAUUCUUGGCAAUAAUAAAAAUUAGAACAUAGCUGGAGAGAUAUCUUCGUUUCUUGACUUUAAGAAUAAUGAAAUUUGGGUUUAACUAAUUUAAAAAGAAGGGGAUAGCACUUUGAGAGAUAUGGGCAAAGUUUAAAUGAGCUAUAACUUGACUCCUUCAGAUGUUUAUGAUGCUAUAAGAGAAUAAAUAUCAUGCUAAUUCAAUGAGGAGGUAGAGGACGGAUAUAUUUAAUUGCAUCUUGGAAAUGGCAAUAAACUUCAAUUUGCUGAAGAGAAGGAUUUUUCACAACUUUUAGUAGAGGGAAAUCAAAUUCAUUUUGAGUAACUCCAAUUCAAACUUGAAGAACUGCUAGGAAAUAUAGUGGUGAAGGUGCAUUUCUACAACUCAAGGAAUGAAUAUAAACUCUAGUUCGUGAAGUUAUUCUAAGAAAAGAUAAAUGUUUGGCAAGUCGUUAAAAUGUUGUCUCAGGAAAUAAAAGCAGAGUUUAAUGAGGAAGUCGUGACUAGGCAGUAUAUGUUCUCAUUCAUUGAUAAGAACUCUAAAACUAUAAUAAGAGCACUAGAUUUCAAAGAUUUAAUGAGCAACUUAAUUGAAGAAGCUUAACGGAAGAACUACGAAUUCAGAAUUUCAGCAAUUUAGCCUGAAGAAUUAUUAAUGAUGGAAGAAAAACAAAUAUACACUGGCUUUCUUUAUUGCACAAUAGUUGAUCAAUAGAAUAGAGUUAUUCACAACCCUUUCAUUACUGUUAUUCCAAAGAAUCUUCCUAAAGAUCAAGUCAGAGAGGCAAUAAUAAGUAAACUUUUAACUUAUAAUGUGACAUAUAAUCACAGAAGAAGUAGAGAUUAAUAAGAUGAAUAGGAGGUGAGUGAAAUCACUAAAGGUGAUGCAGAUAUCUCCUACAUCGAAUAUAGAUCAUUGAGACGUGUGAUUUUGUAUAACUCCUUCACUUUGAGAGAUAUCCCUAAGGAUUCUUUCUAUCUAGACUUUUAAAAAUUGAACUAAUUACAUAUAGCUGUAGAGAUAUAACUGUUAUAUGAGGAAGAUGAUCAUGUAUACAGAGGAAACUAGCUUAAGAUAUAUGACCGUAAGAACUCUAAUGAAAAUCUGAACUCAAACAAUAUCAAGAAUUGA